GCUAUCGCCUUGUUGGACUAUCAUCCCACAGUAGAAAUGGUGGGCAUGAGUGUUCUCAGGUCUGCUGCUGCUUUUGCAGCCAGACUGAGUCCUCUUAAAUCUGGAAAUACUGCGGCAAAUUUACUCACUCGCACAGUUCCACGGACAGAUAAAGUUGCCGUCCGUUGGGGCCAUGGAAAGAAAUUGUUUGUCGUCAAACCCUCUGACUACUAUGACAGGAGGUUUCUGAGCCUACUGCAAUACUAUGUCCUGCUGACGGGCAUCCCAGUGGCUGUCUUUGUCACAUGUGUGAAUAUAUUUAUUGGUGAGGCAGAGCUGGCAGAAAUCCCUGAAGGUUAUGAACCCGAGCACUGGGAGUACUACAAGCACCCAAUCACCAGGUGGAUUUCACGGAAUUUGUACGAUUCCCCAGUGAAGGAUUAUGAGAAGAUGAUGGCUGCCAUCCAAAUUGAGAAAGAGAAGGCCGACAUGAGACUGAUGAAGCUGGAGGUGCGUCGACAGAUGAGGCAGAAGGGAGAUGGACCCUGGUUUCAGGUGGAGACUCUUGACAAAGAGCUGGUCGACAACAGCAACAAAUCCACACCUGACAUUUAAACACCCAGCAAUCUCACUGUUUGUACAUUUUUUCUUCAUGCGUAAAUAAAAUAUCUACAUGUACUCUGA